AUGUCUGUCGCAAGAACCGCAGCCACCAAAUUGAACUGGGCUCAGGUCUCCCAGACCUUGGGCUUGGCUGGUCACACUGCCGCCUCUUUGACCGCGUUCAAGAAGAGAAACGACGAGGCCAAGAAGCAACACCAAACCUUGUCUGCUCAACCUACCGUUGUCGACUUUGGCUACUACAGAUCCGUGUUGAAGAACCAAAAGGUUGUGGACGAGAUCGAGAAGGCUGUUUCCCAAUUCAAGCCUGUUUCCAUUGACGUGUCUAAGACCUUGAAGACCAUUGACAUUUUCGAGCAAAAGGCCGUUGAGAACGCCAAGGCCACCGAGAAGUCUGUUGACGAGGAGAUCCACCAAUUGAAGGCCACUUUGAAGGACAUUGAGUCCGCCAGACCAUUCGACCAAUUGACCACCGACGAUGUUGAGAAGGCUAGACCUGACUUGACCGAGAAGGUUACUUACAUGGUCAAGAACGGUAAGUGGGAGGUGCCAGGCUACAAGGAGAAGUUCGGCGAUUUGACCGUUAUGUAA